GUUGCUGACGCGAUAAAGAUCACACGUGAGCGAAAAGUUGACCUUACUGAACGAGGAACAAACCGAAGAGUGUUUCAAUGCCUUGUAGUUGGUGCUAAGGAUACAGGAAAGAGUGUAUUCAUGCAGUCUUUGGUGGGUCGUGGCUUAUUGGAUGCGAUGCAUACAGGCAGGAGACAUUACCCUUAUGUUAUAAAUCGAGUCAAAGUCAAAGAAGAGUACAAGUAUUUGCUGCUCAGAGAGGUCGACGUGCUGCAACCGCAGGAUGUUCUCAGCAGCGCUGAAACAACCGCUGACGUCGUCGCUUUUCUCUAUGACAUUAGCAAUCCAGAUUCGUUUGCUUUUUGUGCGACCAUCUAUCAAAAGUACUUUUAUAGGACAAGAACUCCAUGUGUGAUCAUAGCGACCAAAAUUGAACGAGAAGAAGUAGAGCAGCGAUGGGAGGUCACCCCGGAAGAGUUUUGUCGGCAACAUGAGCUACCACGUCCGAUAAAAUUCACAGAAGCUCAGAUUGGUCUCGCAAGUGGUCCAAUAUUCGAGCAGCUUGCCACCAUGGCCGUUUAUCCACAUCUUCGACGAGUGUAUUAUCUGCAUGAUUCUAACCUGCUCUCCAAGAUUACGUUCGGAGCGGCCUUGGCAGCCCUAGCAGGAUUCUUAGUGUUCAAAAAUCUGUAG